AUGAACUUCUGGAGAAGGCGCAAUGUAAAUGAUGUGUUUUACAAAAAACAGGCAAGCUCAUUUAAGUUGAAACCGAACGCAUCCCACGGGAUGCAAACGGUGGGACUGUUAAUUAAAGGCCUUAACAUUCAAAAAUUUAACCCCAACAACGUAAUUCUUAGCGGAUGCACACGAACGCCAGGUAACAAAAAAGGUGGUGAAUGCUUCAUAAAUUUCGAAAGCCAGAAGACAGUGUACAAGAAACCUACAAAAAAAGACCGUACACAAAACAAAACGAGGGAAAUACAGAAAUACAUUUAGACUGAGGUAUAUUCAGAAGUAAAGAUAGUGAUUUCAAAGAAUAUCAAGAAUUUGUCCCUUUCAAAUGCUAAAUGCAAGUCUAUACUCUAGCAUCAUGUUCGGCGACAAUUCGUACGCGACUCAAACUCCUUUCAAUGCAUGUAAUUCUUUUUAAAGCCAAUCGCGUGGGAAACGAAAUAAAAUUUCAAACAGGCUCUCACUCGCUCGUUUCCAUUAGGGAAGAAUAGAAGUGUCGGUUGUUGCAACAAUAGUGAGUCAACAUCCAAUACGCUACAGUUUUGUAACCAUCACUCAGUAAAGGAUAUAUCAGUGACGCAAUCUACCCCUAAAGCAUAAAAAUGUGCUUGGGAGAAGAGGAGAGUUCUCAAUCAUGCAAAGUCAUCGCAGCAUGAAAGUGAAGGGGUAUGCAGUAUAGGACAGGAGUGCGGUUACAAGUGGAGCACAGCUGCGAGUUCAAAGCAGGCGACUCAAGGAGCAGUGCAAAACCGCCUUUGUAAAUAUUCCACAAAUUGUGGGAUAAAUGCGUUAUAGAGAAUGUGAAUAAAAUCGCAGAUUCCAGACGGAGUAAGUAUAGGCGGUUAGAAGCGCCAAAAACAGUCGGAAGUGCAAACCUAUGUAAUCUUACAGGUCAGCACAUUUUGUCAAAACUAUUUACACCUAAAACACGAUUCGAGGACAUUGUGAACACCAGAUCGCUCACCCAACCCGCCAAUCCAGGUGACCAUCAGACGCGGAUACCCGACCAAUAUCGUCACCAUAGUGGUAAAGUUCAGCACUAAGUGUGGGUCUUGAUAAUAUAAAAAGUCCGAAAAACUAAACCAGUAGAUAAAAAAUUCAAAGAACGCAAUUCAGUGUACGCACAUCAGAAAGUUUAAACUGGAUCACGUGAUACAAGCAAAGUUAAACGCCAUCAACUGGUAGCUCCAUUACUCACCGUGAUAACGUACAUCCACAUCUGAGGGACGGGUUGUGCUUGAAACGUCAUUUAUAUCGUCAUUUGAGGGUUGGAACACUGCAAGUGGGGGAGGAUCUUGGCCAUACAGUCCCCAGUUUUUUGGAAUCACUAAAAUCAGAAGGCCAGUAUUCAAACAAUUACUAGUAAUUUCGAAAAAAAAGGAAGUUAAAACCAACUGCUGUACGGGUGAAUGUAAAGUAUCAGGCGGACAAAUAGAAAAUUUGCUCAGACGUAGUAAAGUGCCUGGAACAGGGAGGAUGCCGAACACUCAAUGAAAAGCAAACUUUCAGCAAUUACGAAGCCUCCUCCAAACGAAUAAAGGUAUCAAUAUAAGAGGUGAGACAUUUACGGAAAAUAUUAUAAUGCAAAAAUUGCAGAAGCAUUGCAAAUUAGUUUUCCUACGUCAAACCACAUUCCAACUCCCCUUUUGACAGGGAGAAAAAUACUCAAUUGAAGGGAAGAAUUCCUGACGAAAAUAAAGCCAGUUUAAAUUGUAUACUAAGCAUUUCCUCAUGGAGACUUCGUUACUCAAUAAAAAUAACUGACCUCGGUUUUUCGAAAUAUUACUUCUUACAAAAGAGAUGCGAAAAUAAAAAUAUGGAACAUUAUUUCCGGAACAGCUGAGCUUAGUUUUGGUCAAAAUACGAACUACAUGGCGCGGUAAAAGGGAGGCAAUAAAUAGCGCAAAGUGUACAGUAACGCCAUUGCGCAAGAAUAGUGAUUUUUACCCUUCGGGUCAGGAGAGCCAAGGCGGUUUGGAUCGGGAAAGCGACAGAAGUUAAUACCUUCAGGUAACCUGUGUAUAUCACCGUUAAAACUGACACUUUUCUUAUAAUGAUUUGGCUGUAACCUUGGCUGGCAAGGACAGAGAGGAGUGCCAGAAGCUGGCUGCACUUUGUGGGCCUUUUUUAAGGAAAUGGGAAUCGAAGCCUGAGAAGGCUUGUGCUCAGAGUCUACUACAUCUGGUUCAGACACUGAUCGAUCCAUUUCACCGACCUUAA